AUGUCCGUCAUUCAGCUGGAAGAGCUCAUGUCCUACCAACUGCGGACGAGCUAUCUCGAUGAAAUCGCAGACGGCGUCGGCGAGCGACUGCUCACCGUCAACGACAACUUUCUCAACUCGGCCGCAUUCAAAGCCGCCGGGUGGCGUCCCAACCGGUCCUACAUCAAGCGGACGUACUCUCCUCCGAUCCCCACGGCCGUCGCGUCCGAAUACUUCCAGGCGCCACGACAACCAGGUCUCACGCUCGAGGAUGGCGACGAGGACGGCGGCAUGCUCACCGGCGGAGGGGCCGACACCAUGGGUCCCGGCGUGGCUACUAAGAGGCGCAGGCGCCGGGAGCAGGUGGAGGAAGACGACAGCAGCGACUUGUCGGACGAGAGCGACGAAGAACAGGAGCAACGCGCCGCGCAGCAAAUCAAGUUUUCAAAGAUGCCAGUGAGGCAGCGGGCAGGGUCGUCGCCGCUACAGGCAUCGCCCGUGAAGCCCCAGACGUCGCCCCGGGUGCCGAGGCGUGGGUCUCAGUCAGCCCUCGAGACGGUGCGAGAGCGCCGGCGCAGGGACACCGUCACCAGCAGCGACAUUUCCUCCGAGAACGAGUUCGACGUGCCCGCUGUGCUGAGACACCGGGAGGCAGCACGCGCCGCGGCAAGGGCUGUGCGGUUACAGGACAAGAUCAACGAAGAACCCGCGCCCCCGCGUCUCGAGAGGGCUGACACUCAGCUUCUGCCCGAGGAAGAGGAGGACGAUUCGGACGAGGGCUCCGACAUGUCUGGCGACUACGUGGGGAGCAUGGAUUCUGCUUCGAUUCUGGACGGCGUGGAGAAUCCCAUCAAUCCCUCGCCCACCCAACAAGUCGUGGGAACGCCGCCUCGAAACUUCCCGCGGCAAUCCAUGGUUCGCAAGUCACAACCACCAGCAAAGCCCGUGGUCCUGGAGGCUCUGCCUCCGCCCCGGCCCAUGAGCAUGAUCCGGCCGGCCAGCUACGUCCAGCCUACGAGUCUGCUCUCGGCGGCACUGAAGGCGCGGGAGCACAAGUCAUCCGUGCCCUUCCAAAAGUUUGCUCAUUUCAGCGGCCAAGGAACACAGGGGUCCAUCGCCGUGCGCAUCUACGCCCCCUUUUGCAGGACGGCGAGCAAGCCUUUCGAGGUGCUCAUCCGCCCCCGGGUCCACGACGGGCAGGGCGCCGAGCGAGUGGUUACGGUCACCGACCUGAUUGGGCUGAGCCUGUACCGGUAUACCGAGGAAAAGAGGGAGCCGCAGAUAUCGCCCGGCAAAUACAGCGUGAACUGGUGGACGCUCAGAAUGGUGGAAGACGGCGAGGUCGACGACGACUUCCCGCCGUUUGAGAGGAAGAAGCCGCUGACUUCAUUCACGACGGUCAACAAUGCGAGCGCCAGGGGCGGAGGCAGGAUGCGGUCCAACUCGGCAGCCUACGAUGAAUUUGCGCUGGUGCCCGCCUCGGAAGGUGAAUACGAAGAAAACAAGCGCCUGACACCCCAGCUAGACGAUGACGAGGCCGAGCAGGCGCAGGGCCAGCAAGCAGCGCCGCCGCCGCCGCCGCCGCCGCCGACCGUGAGCCAUCUCGUGAGCCCCAACGAGGGUGAUGACGAUGAUGCCAAUGAUGAUGCCGCUCGUAAAUACUCGCCCGCACCGCCACGUAUGGACCCCCUGGCGGACAACAGCCGGCCGAGACAGAACCCCAUCGUGACGACGACGUAUCGGCCAAACACGCCCCUGGCCGACUCGCCGCAAGUGCCGGUGACGGUGCCGAACACGACACGCGGGCAGCACAAGCUGCUCCGCGUCCACAUCAUGUCCUCGGACGUGGCGGCGGAACAGAUGGUCACGGUGGACGUGACGACGGACACGUACCUCGCCGAGGUGCUCGACAUUGUCUGCCGCAAGAGGCAGCUGGACAAGGCCAACCACGUGCUGAAGCUCCCCCGGUCGGGGGCCGUGGUCAUGAUUGACCGGCCGGUGUCGUCGAUCGGCAACGUGUCCGACCUGGAGCUGUACCGGAGACGGUUUGCGACGGACGGACCGCUGAGCGUGGCCGGCUCGCCCAGCAGCUCGUCUCCGCGGACCAUGGGCCUCCCCAGCAGCCAGGGCGUGUCGCAGCGGAGGGAGCACAGGAGGGACAGGUUGCUGGGGCCGCACCCGCUGGCGCAGGAGGCGCUCGAGCAGGACGAGUUUGGCAACGCCAACUACAAGAAGUACACGGUCUGGCGGAAGCAGCCGAUGCGCCUCGUGGGCAUGAGCGAGCGGAUCCUGGUGAUUGACGGCGAGUACAUCCACAUCGUGCCCGCGUCGGGGGGCAAGGCGGUCCACGACGGCGGAGGGAAGACGACGACGGUUCACUUUAGCAACGUCGUCGGGUGCAAGGUGCCGCGAAAGCACCCGACAAACGUCAAGCUGGUGAUCUACAAAGCCACAGAGAGCAAGCGAUACGAUUUCGAGGCGCGCGGGGCCGACGAGGCAGCAGAGAUUGUGGCCGCGCUGAAGAAGGGCAUCUCGCCGUACAGAGAGGUGUAG